AUGGUCCGGGUGACCCACCCAUCUCAUCGCCCCGAGGCAGCAGCGAGCAGCAGCAGGACGCAACAAGCCUGCGUAGAGUGCCGGCUGGCAAAGGUUCGCUGCGAGCAAGAACCGUCCAACAUCUGUGCACGGUGCACCAGCCUCGGCUUUGACUGCGUCUUUGUGCAUCAUCCGCGCGGGCGAAAGCCAAAGAGCCGCCUCCAAGGCCGCGAUGCAUCGUCCAUUGGGCCAGCUGCACACGCCCGCCGACGAAAGACGCCAACGCCAGAGACUCCUCAAGGUGCUUCAGCAACGUCGUCGUCCAAUGAGGCAAGCUCGUCUCAAAACCCUGCUGCCGGCAGCGACGAGUACCACAGCAGUCCCGCACACUCGGCCACGACGAUUCGACCGCGGCCAAAGCCGUCUCUCGACUUUGAUGGUGCACGCAAGAGGAUGUUGCAGGCACUGCAUCGCCAGAAGCGACGGAGAGCCGCCCCCUUCACAUUCGUCAACCUUGGCUCGAUGGACAACCUCUAUCAAGGUAGAAGGGAAAGUGCUGGGAGGCUAAACGAGCAGGGAUCUCGCGAGACACCGGUCGCUGCCGACUCUGCCCUGCUUGCAGUCCAGCCAAUGACGCUGAAGCGCAUCUUGCAGCCUCUCAAUGCCGACGAUGACGGCACCGAGGGCACUGCGCAGGGCGCUUCCUACGACGAGGCAGUGGCUGCAACCGACUUUGGCUUCGACGAUGCCGUCUCACAGGGACUGCUUCCCCUCUUCACGGCCCGUCGCCUCUUUCACUUUUUCAUCACCCACCUCAACAUGUGGAGCAUGAUCAUUGACCCAGACCUGCACACGCACGACUAUGUCCGCCGCACCUCGCCCUUUCUCUACUCGGUCAUCCUCCACCUUGCCGCUCGCUUCUCCGUCGAUGAGGUGUACGGCCACGCGCCCGGCGAGCCGGAGCGGGUGAUGCAGGUGCCGACGGUGACGCAGACGGAAUGCAGGCACCUCCAAGUGAUUGCCAAGAACCACGCAGCGACGGUCUUCAUCGACGGCGACCGCACCGUCGAAGCCGUCCAGGCCUUUUUUCUCCUCGCGACGUGGAAGGAGCACGACGAUGCGCUGUCGUACGUGCAGUCAGGCUUUGCCUUUCGCCUAGCCAUGGACAUGGAGCUGGGCAAGGGGGUGCCAAAGUCGCUGCAGAAGCUUGCCCUCUCGGAGCAAGGCAGAUCACAGCAGGUGCGGCGCCUCAUUGAGCUGCUGCGCAACCGAGAGCGGUGCUGCCUGCAGCUCUUUGUGCAGGACCGCAGCCAGGCUUUCCACUACAUCCGCCAUUUCACCUUUUCCGUCCUGGAGCCCGUCAUCAGCGGUGCGUUUGAGUGGUACCUGCAACCGGGUGCGAAGCCGUGGGAUGUGUUUUUGUGUGCCAGCGUCGAGUGCCGCAAGGUGCAGUCCAAGUAUCAGGGCAUCAUGACGAGCGUCGCCUCGGCCGUCGCAGACAGAGACGCUGCGGCGGCGGCAAUCGAGGGUGACCUCGACGCCUGGCACUCGACAUGGGCACGCAGGCUCGACGAGGAGCACGAGCAGUGGACACGGGCUCACGAUGGCGCCCUGCCACCCCAUGCGCCGCAGAUGAGCUUCAUGCAGGCAUCCAUGGCCCUCUGGCGCGACAGCAUCAAGCUCCAUCUCGUCGCAGAUCUCCUCGAGCAGGAUCUUCGGACCACCCAGUCUUCCUCGCCAUCGCCCCGCCACUAUGCCCACGACUACGAGUCAGGAGCCACCACCAACAACACGGGCUCGGGAGAAGCAGGGGCGGCCACACCCCGGCGGAUCGUCAAUCUCGUCGGUCUUCCUGCUUUCAGUCUGUGUGUGCGAGCGGCGCGUGGCGUAAUCUCGGCGCUUUGCUCGCUGCCACCGGCAGUCCUGCGCCACGCACCCGACUCCAUCCACCUGCUCGCCGACCAUACGGGCUUGUUUCUCUGCGGCAUGGUCUGCAUCCGCUCGGACCCACCACUGUCCUCCGAGUACCUGAGGACGACGCUGAGUGCGGUGGAGCGGAUGCGAGACGCGCUGUGGCAGGCGACCAUCCAGGAGAACGACAGCGUCGCACUGCAUGCCAGGUACCUCGACAGCCUCGCUGAGGUAUUGCGUCCGACGAAGAAAGCCCCAAAGCCUUUGUCCCGGCAUCACGUCGGCCAGCAUCAGCACGAGAGGCACACGACGACGGCGAGAACGCCUCGAUCGGGCAAGCAGCAGCAGCGGAUACCGCAACCAGUUGCAAUCCCCGACGGCACCUCGACGGACCAGACGCAUACAGGGCAUGGGGUUCCUUCUCGGUGUCUGCCACACAGCGCCGAGUACGACGACAGUGCCUCGGUGCUGUCGUCGCUAGGCUCCAUGGCCGACCUUACGGCCAUGACGUCCGUCAGCCCAGACGUGGUGCUCACAGCCCCGGCCGACAACUGGUUCGAGAGCUUUCUCGCAGAGCCGGUCUCUUCGGACGGCGAAGAGCACAUGGAAGAUAUCCUGGGGAUCAUCAACAGCCACUUUGGUCAGAUUGCCUAA